AUGCGGGCCGUGACGGAUUACGUAUUCGCCAUGUACGCAGCCAUUGGCGCAAUAUUGUACGCAGCCAUCGUCCCAUUCUGGUUCUAUGGAGGCGCAUUCCUGCGCUCAAAGUGGGGCUAUACGUUGGGAACUGCUGAUGCCCUCAUGCUGCUCGUGGAGGGCGGGAUGGUUGUGCUGAGCCCUCCGCUUGGCUGCUUGCUAAAUGCCUACUGCAAGAAGACAGUUCCGCGUUUGGGGUUCAUGAUGGGAGCUUCGUCUGCCAUAUUAAUGUCAAUUGUUUUGUUAGCGUUUAUGCCACCAGCACUUCCAGCAAUGCUCGCCAUGUUGCUGCUGAGCACUAGUUACGCAGCUGCCAACACAGUAUUCUGGUCUUUGAGUGCAGACCUCAUUCCUCCUGGCAUCUCUGCGCUGGGUUCUGGCAUUCUGGGCAGUUCCUUGAACUUGGGCUCAUCGGUCCUACCGAUUGUUAUGGCCAAUGCUUCCAGUGAGAAGGCGGCGCUGAUGCUUCUAGGUGUUGCGGCCUUCCUGUCGGUCUUGAUAAUGCUGUGCUUGUGUAUUGUACUUUCCCUCAGCAAGAGACGCCUCUUAAUUCAGGGUGGAACCGUGAUUUCUCCUCUGACAGAAGAUAUCUAG